UCCACCUCCCUGGCAUCGGACUGGGACCCAAACUAGCGGGCUGCGCUGCGCAUGCUCAGCCGCAAAGAUCUCCGGAAGAGGGGAGGAGCCGGCGGCGCUAUUUUCUGCGAACCUGUGCUUCCCGCCGCCGAGUUGGAGAAGAGUUGAUCAGCUGGUGGAAUGGCUCAGGCUCGCUUUUCCGGAGAGAGGCGGCGUUUCUCCGGUCCCGAGGAUGGUGAAGCGACAGCUGCACAGCUGACCGCAGGCUUUCAGCCUUCUCUGGCAUCCUCUGGCAUGAGUACAAUGCUUCCUGCAGUUCCAGCCACAGCGGUCCAGCGUUCCUGUUGUGGUUGUAAGAGAGUUUUUCAGGAGGGGCAGACUGCUUACCAGAAGAAAGGGUCUGCUGAACUCUUCUGCUCCAGACUUUGUAUCAGUGAAUACAGCUCAUCUGCCGACUCCCCAGCUGCCCUCCGGAGGACGUGCUUGAACUGCUCAAGAAACAUUUUAAAUCUGAAGGAUAUGAAGAAUGUCCAGUUGGAGGACAGCAGCUCUGGCGAAAACUUCUGUAGCCGGUCUUGCCGUUCAUCCUACGAAGAGAAAAGACAGCUAUUUGUCACCAUGUGUCCCGAGAGCACUCUGCCCAAGUGCAGCAUGUGUCAGAAGACCGCUACUGAACCACCCAGAAUACUUAGAUCUUUUCCUUGCAAAACACUGGAACUCUCAGAUGAGAUGAUUAUGAUUACUAAUGACUUGGGGAACGCAGAGGUUUUCUGCUCUGUUUGUUUUUCUUCAUACAACAGUGCGGUGAUGGAAUCUUCAACAGUAAAUGUUUCCACAGUACACAGUGCUUCAAAAGAGAAUCUUUCUCCAAGGAAAUAUCCAAUUCCAGUUAUAAGCAAUAUAAGGUCAUUAGUAAAUGACCAUGUUGACCUGUUCAUGAACACUGAUCUCUUACAAGGUUCACUUUCUUCUGUACCUACAAAUGUCAUCGAUCACUCACCCAGUGAAUCCAGUAGUGGUGUUGGUAAUAGUGUGGAGCAGCCAAGCCUCCUCCCGUCUUCACCAGUGCUCUUUGAGGACACAGCAGGCCCUACUGUGGAAGCACAGAACGGCAGGGAGUCAAACCAGGUACACAGCAUGGAAUAUGUAAUAGUGAAUGAUACACCAUGUUGUCCAACGUCUACAUCCACAGUGCAAAAAGUUAAAAAAGAACCACAAAAUACUAGAAAGUCGGGUAGCUCAUGUUUUCAACAUUCUAGCACCAAUACAAAUAAUGAUGUUACAUUCUGCUAUUCUUGCUGCUUGUUCUACCAGAAAAAUUUUACCUGCCAGAGAGAAUCAUUUGCAACCCAAGGAACUGCUGACUGGGAGAAGACCCUAGAAAAAUUCAGGAAGCAUGAAGAAAGUGAAGUGCAUUUAAAGACACUGCGGUUUUGGAGACAGUACCAGUUUCUGGAUGAAGUUCCACGUGAUGGUUCAUCUGUUUAUUCAGAACCUAUUGAGGGAAAUAGAAGGUACCUAAAGCUUGUCAUCGAAAGCAUCUUAUUUCUGGGAAAACAGUGUUUGCUCCUAAAAGGAAGUGACCAGUCUAUUCUGUCCAUUAAUAAAGGCAAUUUUUUGGAAUUACUAGAAAUUCGAGCAAGAGAUAAAGGAGAAGUGUUUCGGCUUCUGAGUUCACAUGGUGAUCUCUAUCACAGUACACAAGUUCAGGAGGAGAUUAUUGAAAUAAUAAAGGCUGAAAUGCUGCAAGACAUUGUGGGUGAGCUCCGUGUCGCCUCGGCUUUCUCCAUCAUCUGUGAGGAGACGGCGGACGGUACCGCUGGAGGACAGCUUUCAGUGUGUGUGCGGUACGCGCGCACAACCUCCAGUGCUGUCCUCGUUAGAGAAAGGUUCCUGGGGUUUGUUAAUAUUGAGGAAAUGACUGCAGUCCACGUACACAGGCGUAUCAAAGCUUACCUGCAGCAGGUAGGAAUUGAUUUUAAUAAGAUAUGUGGUCAAACCUAUGAUCUAGCCACAAAUUUGAGGGUAAAAUUUAAUGAAGUUGUAACAGAAUUCAAGAAGGAAGAACCAAGAAUUUUGUAUGUCCAUUGUUAUGCACAUUUUUUUGAAUUAGCAGUCAUUAGUUUCUGUAAAGAAGUGAAAGAACUCCGAAGGACACUACAUACUCUGAGCUCUUUGUUCAGCACUGUUCGCACGUGGGGAGAGAUGUUGGCAGCUUUGCAAACCAUGUGUAAGCUAAGUCAAAAUAAAACUUGUCAGAAGCACGCAUCCCAGUCGUGCUGGCCAGCCCAUGAGGACUUGUUGCUAUCGGUGACGGAGUGUCUCCCAGAGGUCAUUGAGACUCUGUACUCAGUGGCCCGCCAGUCCGCAGGCACAGCUGCCGCUGACCAACUGAAUGAUUUGCUGGUAGCAGUUACCAAGUUUGAAUUUAUAUUUUGUUUGAAAUUUCUUUAUCGAGUACUCAGUAUUACAGGAAUUCUUUCCAGAGAGUUUCAAAGUGAAACUGUAGACGUCUUCUCUUUGUUUUCAAAAAUCGAAGCAAUUCUGGAGUGUUUAUCUUCUGAAAGGGAUGAAAUAUAUUUCCAGACUAUCUGGGAUGGAACAGAUGAGAUAUGUAAAAAGGUAACCAGUAAGGGUUUUGAAGUUGAAAAACCCUCUUUUCAAAAAAGAAAAAAAAUUCAGAAAACAGAAGAGCCUGGCAACUCAGAGAGUGUGUUUUUUCCUACCUCAGCAGAUGAACACUAUAAAAUUAAUAUUUAUUACCAAGGUCUGGAUACUUUGUUAAAAAACUUAAAGUUAUGUUUUUCAGAGUUUGACUAUUGCAAAAUGAAACAAAUUUCUGAGCUAUUGUUUAAAUGGAAUGAACCAUUAAAUGAGUCAGCAGCUAAACAUGUUCAAGAAUUUUAUAAGCUCGAUGGAGACAUUAUCCCUGAACUUCGAUUUUACCGGCGGUAUGCAAAUCUCAACUUUGUCACGGAUUGUGGCUCCUUGAGCUUCAUGGACCUUGGCCGUUUGUUUACUCAGCAUGGUCUCCACAGUAAUAUUCCUCGUCUCUCGAAACUGUUACAUAUUGCUUUAUCUUGGCCAGUUACUUCAACAAAUAAUGAAAAGUCAUUUUCCACACUGCCUCGUCUUAAAGCAUACUUACUUCGUACCAUGGGACAAGAGAGACAAACUGGCCUGGCUCUAAUGGCUGUUGAGCAAGAGCUGGUAAAGAGGUUGAUGGAGCCUGAAAGACUCAGUGGAAUUGUGGAAAAGUUUAUUAGCCAAAUGAAAGAUACAUAUGACUUGCAACUUUGAACUUAAUUAAAAGAAUUUUAUGGGGGCUGGAGAGAUGGCUCAGAGGUUAAAAGCAUUCAUUGCCUGCUCUUCCAGAGGUCCUGAGUUCAAUUCCCAGCAACCACAUGGUGGCUCACAACCACCUGUAAAGGGGUUUGGUGCCCUCUUCUGGCCUGGUAUACACACAGAAUAUUGUAUACAUAAUAAAUAUUUUUUUAAAAAAAAAAGAAUUUUAUGUUUUUAUUGGAAUCCUAAUAAAGUUUAUAUUUGUUGUUUAUUCUUUUGAAAUAGUCUUACUACAUUGCUUAAAUUAAUCUUGAAUUUUUGAGGUUUUGUCACCCACUUUUACAUACUUUUUCCCUUUUGAAGUAUUCUGGUGGACAGAUUGUUUUAGGCACAUGUACAUUUGGCACAAUGAGAAACCACUACACACCAGAAACGAGUGCUGGGAUUAAAGGCGUGUAUCACCACUGUCCAGCUUGUGUACAUUUUAAAUUAGAAGUCAUUGCUGGGAAGCUAGUAGUGCUACAGAAGUAUAGGACACAAGGCCUAGCUAGAACAAGACCCUGACACUGGUAGAGAGACAUGGAGUGACUGUGAACAUAAGGUUGAAAGUACAGAGUGAGGGAGUAGGCAGUGAUCACCCUUUAAUAUCUGCUUCAGCUCAUUCCAGAAGGAACGAAAGCAGGGAAGUAGGAUUUCAGCAAAGCCGAGCUCAGCUUUGGUUUUCUCACUUAAAGGUUUACUCCUUUAAAAAGUAGAGCCAAGAAGUUUAAGCAGGUAGCCCCUGACCAUCAUUCAGGAGCAGGGAAUUCAUUCCAGGUUCUCAGGGACUGUCCAGCUCAGAGCUCGGCAGUCUAGCACAUCACCUCAACUCUGGGCCACCAGUAGUCAUUGGUCAAUCAGCUGUCUUGAUUCAGUCUCCAGGGGAAGCCAAAGGCAGAAUAGGAGUCCCGUCCCCAUGCAGUCUGAGGCACUUGUUAGGAAGAGGGCCCUUGGGUCACCGGGAUAGAAAAGACCUUGUGAGGGUAGCAUUCCUUCUGACCUGGACAUGACAAGGUCUCCAAGACAAGAAUCCAACCCAUGAGCCGGGCGAUGGUGGCGCACGCCUUUACUCUCAGCACUCGGGAGGCAGAGGCAGGUGG